CCUUUGAAGUACUCUGGAUCUCUGGACAACUAUUCAUACUUCGAGAUCACACCUAUCAUAGGACGCGAGUACCCGAAUCUGAAAAUAACCGACAUCCUACAUGCCGAGAAUGCGGAACAACAGAUCCGAGAUCUCGCUGUUAUCAUUUCUGAACGCGGAGUUGUCUUUUUCCGCGACCAGGACGAUUUGAACAUCACAGACCAGAAGCACUUCUGCGAUCUUCUAGGUAAAUAUAGUGGAAGACCAGAAGAAAAUGGACUUCAUGUCCAUCCUAUCUACCGAGAUCCCGGUAAUCUGACUCUCCCCGAUGGAAGCACCGAUGAAAACAUUUAUGUUAUCAACGCAGAAGCACAGAAGAAAAUAUACAAGACUAUGAAUAAACGUCCUGGCACCACUGGAGAGCCCCGCGAUCUGAGUCGCGAGUGGCACAGCGACUCAACUUUUGAGAACGCGCCGGCAGACUUCAGCUUCUUGAAGAUGGAAGAAACUCCACCACACGGCGGCGAUACUUUGUGGUGUUCCGGCUACGAGAUCUACGAUCGCAUGUCUCCAUCUUUCCGCUCUUGGUUGGAGACACUCACAGCUACGUGCGCUCAGCCGGUCUUUAAAUCUGCGGCUGAAGCAGGUGGAUAUGAAGUCAUGUCGCCACGAGGUUCUCCCUUAAACGUGGGCGACGAUUUUGCGCCUCAUCACCCGUGCGUCAGAACCUGCAGAAUCACAGGGUGGAAAGCUAUCUUUGCCGGUGUUGGCUUGCACGUCACCAAGAUUGACGGCGUGUAUACGUACGAGGAUCAGAUCAUCCGAGACUAUGUUAUGAGGUUGAUCACAAGAAAUCAUGACUGCAUUGCGCGCAUGAAGUGGACGAAGAACGCUGCCGCAAUCUGGAAUAAUUCGUGUGUUUGGCAUGCUGCUACACCCGACACCAAUCUUGUUGAGGGAAAUAGGACUGGUGUCAGAGCCUCAAGUAUUGGUGAGGUGCCAUAUUUGGAUCCAAGUUCCAAGUCACGGCGCGAGGCCCUG